AUGAAGGCUAAAGCCUCAGACAUGCACAGCAAGGACUGUGUCAAAGUGGCCGUCAGAGUCCGACCGUUCAACAAGAGAGAGAGGGAUGCAGGCAGCCGCUGUAUUGUCUCCAUGGUGUCGAACUCCAUCACCAUCCAGGACCCGCGUGACUCCCAGAACCGUCGUUUGUUCUGUUUCGACUAUGCCUACUGGUCCCACAGUGGCUUUGUACGAGACCGCAGGGGCCUCUUCGUUCCUGAAGAGCCCGGUGGACGAUACGCUGACCAGGACAGUGUGUUCCAGGACCUGGGAGAGGGAAUACUGGAGAACGCUCUGCAGGGUUACAAUGCCACCCUGUUGGCCUACGGGCAGACUGGCUCAGGGAAGAGUUACUCAAUGGUGGGCUAUGGGCCUAACAAAGGCCUGGUUCCUAAACUCUGUGAGCGAUUGUUUGAGGAUAUCAGAGAAAACCAAGAGACCAGACAGUGUCAGGUCUUUUUCAGUAUGUUGGAAAUCUAUAAUGAGCAGGUGGUUGACCUGUUGUCUCGGGCGUCUCGUACUCCGGGGGGCCUCAGAGUCAGAGAGGAGCAGCAAAGAGGCUUUUACGUGGAGAGUCUCCGAACAGUCCCAUGUGAGAGUGCAUCACAGGUGGCGCAGUUGAUGGAACAGGGCACCAGGACCCGAACUACAGCUGCCACUCACAUGAACGCCAAUAGCAGUCGCUCGCACAUGCUUAUUAUCCUCCAGCUCAAACAGAUCUUUUCCAAAGAGAGCAUCACCAAGCAGUCCAACAUUAACCUGGUGGACUUGGCUGGCAGUGAGCGUCAGCGGUCAUCGGGUUCAGAGGCUGACAGACUCAAAGAGGGCACAGCAAUCAACCUGAGCCUAACCACCCUGGGCAAUGUUAUCAGCUCCCUUGCUGAUGCGGCGGUAGGGAGGAAGGUUGUUCAUAUACCCUACAGAGACUCAGUUCUCACCAAGCUGCUGCAGUCUGCGCUGGGAGGAAACAGUCGCACUGUUAUGAUUGCCACACUGAGCCCUGCUGAUAUCUGCUACGAGGAGUCCCUCUCAACCCUGCGCUAUGCUGAGAGGGCAAAGCGAAUCCAGAACCGAGCUGUGGUGAACGAGAGCCCCACUGAGCGUCUGGUCAAAGAGCUCAAAGCAGAGAACGCCAGGCUGCUGCAGAGACUGAGCCGGCUUGGCCAGGAGGGACGCAGAGCCAAUGACGAGACCAAGGAGCUUCGUCAGCUGCUGACCCACAAUGAGCUCCAGAUCAGAGCCAUUCAGACUCUGUGGGAACAACACCUGCAGGAGGCUCUGAAGGACUGGGAGCAACAGUACGCCAACAUCACACAGGAGAGGAGGAUGAUGCAGAUGCAUCCUUACAUCCUGAACAUCAACGAGGACGCCCAGCUGUCGGGGGUGGUCAAGCUUUUCAUUCAGGAGGGAGAAUGGGACAUCGGCCUGUGUGACUCUUCACCAAGAUCAAUCUCUAUCAAAGGCUUGGGGAUCCAGGACCGUCAUGCUGUGUUCAGGAACGAACAACGCCGGGUAACAUUGACCCCGCUGGCAGGGUCAAAGGUCAUUGUUAACGGCAGUGUUGUUCACCAGGCAACUGAGCUGCAGCACCUGGACCGUCUCAUCCUCGGUUCAAACUGUACUUAUCUGUUCAUUGGUUAUCCAUCUGAGAGAGGCGGGGAUGACUGGAGCCGCUAUGACUACGAUUACUUUCAGUCUGAACUUGCUGCUGCUGAGGGCAUCCACCUCGGUGAGUCCAAUGCUGGGUCUAGUCAGACAGACCCCAGCCUGCUGGCUGUCUUCUAUGACUACGUCAAACUGAUGCCCAUGAUGGCUGAGGCCAACCAGAUGAGCCAGGAACUGAACAAGGGGGUGGAAUUUAAAUUGGAGAUAAAAAAUCUGGCACUGUCAGAUUCAAAAGGUCAUGAUCUGCAGAAGGAGAUUGUUGUCAGGGUCACAGCUGUGGGAAAAAAACAGGUGUGGAUUUGGUCCAAGGCCAAGUUUGUGAACCGUAAAUUCCUGAUGGAAGAAGUGUACCAGCAGCAUCAGGCUGAGAAGAGCACAGACAAUAGAGUAGAGGGGCUGUCUACAGCUGCAUUACCCAGAGAUAAAGACCCGUUCUGGGAUCCCGUGGAGCCUCUGCUCCUGGGAACUGCUCACCUCUGGCUUCAGUCUUUGGCCUUUCGCAUCCCUCUGGAAGAGCAACUAGAGGUUCUGGGGUCAGAGGGCACAGAGGAGGCCAUUCUACAAGCACAGCUGGUCCCCUGCACCUCCACGGGACUCCCUCUGGGUGAGGAUGACAUUCUGAUUGACCCGUCUGAGUUACUGGGACGACGACUGGACUUCCAGCUGGUCCUGGAACAGUGUUGUGGCCUCAGCUGGGUCAGAGAGGUCCGCAAUAGAGGGGUCCAAAUUGGUUUCAGAUUGUUUGACUGCCAGCCUCUGUACACUCCAGCUGUAUGGCACAACGUUAAUCCUCUGUUGGAUCACAGAGUUCACUUUGCCUCCCUUCAAACCUCCCAGCGUCUCCUUGACUACCUGCAGAGCAGUGCUGUAGUGCUGGAGCUGUGGGGCCUUCAAGAGGGUUGCACUGACCUGAUAUCAUCUCUGGAGGAAGUGAGGAUGACUACAGAGGGCGUCUUUGUCAUCGAGGAGGCGGGCCCAGCAGACACUGCACCUGUAGACUCUGCAGAGCUCAGCUGUUCAGUGAGAGCUCUUCAACAGGACCUGGAGGAACUGAAGAGUGUCAAUGCUUCACUGAGAAAAGAAAAUCAUAGUCUGAAAGAACAACUCAACACAGCCAGGAACGGUGGGGAGAGUGUUCGUGGUCGAUCAGUGCGUCCCAGCUGUGAUGCAGAGUUUGCUCGUUCUCUCAAGGUUUUCUACCACAGCAUGACCUCAGUCAGGGGGCAGCUGCAGCGCCUGCGCAGACACAGGCCCAGUGAGGACUCCGACCUGCUGGGGCUCAGGCUGUUUGUGGAUGAGCAGAGUCGUCUGCUGAGGGACUUCUCAGAGCAGCUGGAACAGAGCGUCUCCACACUCAAACAAGACGUGGCUGCCAUUGUUCGCCGGAAACGAGAACGAUCGGGAAUCUGGUCUUGACGGACUAAAUGUUUACACAUAAGUGUUAUGAAGAUGACUGUCUCCAGUCACUUUGAAGAUUUUAAAUGUGAAAUGUAUGUAGGGUGAAGAUACUGCCAUUUACAAAGAGCUGUGUUCAAAGUUUGAAUUAUUGCUGUUUCUGAAAGCUCCACUGAGUUGAUUCUAAAACCACAACACUGGUGAAACCUGCUCCCUAAAAUUAGCUUCUAGUGGAACAUGUAAAAGUUAAGAGAUAUGUAUUAACGUAUUUAUGUAAGUUUAAAGAU